AUGUUUGCCAUCCUCAAACAGCACAAGCUAUGCUUGAAUGCGUCUAAAUGUGCCUUUGGCGUGGGAUCCGGAAAAUUCUUGGAUUUUCUAGUCACAAACCGAGGCAUCGAGGCAGACCCCACACAGAUCAGAGCCAUACAGGAAUUGAAGCAGCCCAACUCGGCUAAGGACGUGCAGUAUCUGGCCGGGAUGGCCGCCGUGCUUAAUCGAUUCAUAAGCCAGUCAUCAGAUCGCUGCAACCCUUUCUUUCGAGCCUUGAAAUCCAAGUUUUCGUGGGACGAGGAGUGUGGCCGGGCUCUGGCCGAACUCAAAGAGUAUUUGUCUUCUGCACCACUAUUGGUAACGCCCAAGCCCGACAAAGAACUCUACCUUUAUUUGGCUGUGUCCCAACAUGCAGUUAGCGCAGUGCUUGUCCGGUCAGCAGGUAUCCAGCAUUUACCCAUCUUCUACGUAAGCAAAACCUUACUACCGGCAGAGUCGAGAUACUUGCUACUGGAAAAACUUGUCUUAGCAUUGAUGAUGGCCUCCAGGAAAUUGGCACACUAUUUUCACGCUCACGCAAUCAUCGUUUUGACCGAGUUUUCCCUCAAAGCCUUGUUCGAAUGGGCGGACUUCUCCGAUCGAAUUCUAAAGUGGGCAGUCGAGUUGGGACAAUUCGACGUUCAGUUUCAACCCCGAAUAGUCAUAAAAGCUCAAGCAUUGGCCGAUUUUGUUGUCGAGUUCUCGCCUGGGAUUCACCAAGUAUGCCCGGUGGAUUUCACCACAGUAGCCGAGGAGGCCAACGAAGAUUCCACUGAAAUUGUAUUGCAGAGCGGUGUUGGCAACGCGGAACUUGCGCGCCCCGCCAUAGAACCUCCAGUCGGCAUGUCAUCGCAGCCCGGCGAUGCGACGACGGACUUGGGCAUAACAGACCAAUCUAUUGGGUCUAAUGCCGCGUCGCCGAGGGGGGAGGAAGUGGAACCAAUCAGCAUUGAACCUGAAGCCGAACAGCUGAGCGACUAUAGGGCCUCGAACCGUCACGGUGCCGGGCUAGGCAUAGUCUUGGUCUCGCCAAAUGGUCUGACCAUUGAGCAUUCUAUCACCCUCGGAUUCCCUGCAUCAAACAACGAGGCCGAGUACGAGGCACUACUGGCCGGACUUAAGAGCACGCUCCAGGUGCGCGCGUCCGAGCUGAUGGUCUACAGCGAUUCCCAGCUAGUUGUCAACCAAGUAUCUGGGGUUUACGAAGCUAAGGAUGACAGAAUGACAAAGUACCAAGUUCUAGUAAAGGACCACAUCAAGCGAUUCCAGGCGAUCAAGGUCCAACAAAUUGGACGGGAAGACAAUGGCCGCGCGGAUGAGCUGGCCGGUCUGGCUUCCAUGGUCGACCGAACCUCACCCAAUCCUCUCCUGAUUGAGGUUCUUCCAAGGCCUAGUAUAGAGGAACCAGAGCAGACAGAAGCUUUCAUCCCAUUGGAAAUUGGUAUGCCCACCAUCCGCAGUGAAAAUUUUGAGCCCGAGCUGAAUUCUGAAGUAGUCGCCCUGGAAUUGGACCUUGCUGAAGAGCGCCGGGAAAAAGCUUUGAUUCACGUGGCUGCAUACCAACAAGAAUUGUCCAGGAAGUACAACAAAACCGUGCACCCCAGACCGUUUAAAGUUGGCGACUGGGUUUUAAGAAAGGUUAUGGGCAACAGCCUGGUGCCAAGCGAAGGCAAGUUAGGGGCAAACUGGGAAGGACCGUACAGGAUAACCGGUCUGGCGGGUAAGGGGCCAUACCACUUGGAAGAUUUGGACGGCAACUACUACUUGGUCGAUAGCGGGUACAACAACAAGACAGGAUAUCUAGCACCGUACAAAGGGGUAUUGAUAUCACCAAAAUGCCUAUCACAACCGAACACCACAAAAUGA